AAGUUGACUCCUUGGCCCCUGAAACUGAGGAACACACGCAGCUAAAAAACUUGGUGCUACCUUAAUUAUAGCUCUAACACCACCACUCCUCUUCCUCUGGAUCAAGAUUCAAGCACCUCCACACUCACCACUGAAAAAAAAAAUAACACCACAGCACCAAGAAAACAAAAAACAACAGAAGAAAGAUCAAUCUCUUAUCUUUCUUCUUUUUUCUUACACACAACUUCCCUCCAUCAUUCAAAUUCUUUCUCUUCUCUUUUUUUUUUCCUCUUUCCAUGUCUCGCACUCCCAACUACGAGUUCCAGGAAUGGUGGAACAAGCAGCGCGAAAAGAACACCACCAACACCAACAACCUCGACUCCCUCGACUCCCUCGACGACAACCUUAAAAACCUCGACCACGCCCACUCCCCCUCGUCGCCGCCGUUCACGGCGCUCGACAUAAGCUCUUCCUCCGCCGCCGACACCUCCGCCGACCACGACCACGACCGCUCCGGCCGGAAAGAACGCUCUCGAAGCGCGCGGCAGCUCUCAUGGGUCUUCCUGUUGAAAUUCCAGCAGCUCGCCGCCAACCUCGGCUGGCUCUCCAACGGCCUCCUCUUCCUCCUCCGCACCGGCCAGCGCCGGAUCGCGACGGACUCCGCCUCCUUCGGCGACGGCGGUGACACUUCGCGCCUCUACCGCGCGAUCCGUUUCUUUCUCAUAACAGUCCUCCUCCUCCUAGUGUUCGAGCUCCUCGCGUAUUUCAAAGGCUGGCAUUUCAGCCCUCCCGAUCCGAGUGACGUUUUGGGCGUCAUUGGAGUCGUUUACUCCACGUGGCUCGACGUUCGCGCCUCGUAUCUAUCACCUCCGCUGCAGAGUUUGGCGAAUCUGUGCACCGUUUUGUUCAUUGUGCAGUCGGUGGACAGGGUCGUUUUGAUCUUAGGAUGCUUCUGGAUCAAGUUUCGGAGGCUCAAGCCCGUGGCGAGUGUGGAUUACGAUGGCCCCGUGCAGAGCGUGGAGGAUUUUCCGAUGGUGCUUGUUCAGAUUCCCAUGUGCAAUGAGAGGGAGGUUUACCAGCAAUCCAUUGGAGCAGUUUGUAUCCUAGAUUGGCCAAAGGAGAGAAUGCUUGUACAGGUUCUUGAUGAUUCUGAUGAAGUAGAUACCCAGCAGCUUAUCAAGGCAGAAGUGCAUAAAUGGCAACAAAGGGGUGCUCGGAUAAUAUAUAGACAUCGACUUAUACGUACAGGCUACAAGGCAGGGAAUCUUAAAUCAGCAAUGAACUGUGAUUAUGUUAAGGAUUAUGAGUUUGUGGCAAUAUUUGAUGCUGAUUUCCAGCCAACACCGGAUUUUUUAAAGAAGACAGUGCCUUAUUUCAAGGGAAAGGAUGAUUUGGCAUUAGUACAGGCAAGAUGGGCAUUUGUAAACAAGGACGAGAACUUGCUUACAAGAUUGCAAAACAUCAAUUUGUCUUUCCACUUUGAGGUGGAACAACAGGUGAAUGGUAUCUUCAUGAACUUCUUUGGUUUUAAUGGAACUGCUGGUGUCUGGAGAAUAAAGGCCCUUGAGGAUAGUGGUGGUUGGUUGGAGCGAACAACUGUUGAGGACAUGGAUAUUGCUGUUCGUGCUCAUCUGUGUGGAUGGAAGUUUGUAUUUCUCAAUGAUGUUAAGUGUCUUUGUGAACUUCCAGAGACCUAUGAGGCAUAUAAGAAACAACAACAUCGCUGGCAUUCCGGUCCAAUGCAAUUGUUUCGCUUGUGUUUUCUUGAUAUACUUCGUUCAAAGGUUAGUUGGGCAAAGAAGGUCAAUUUAAUAUUUCUUUUCUUCCUCCUGAGGAAGCUUAUCCUGCCAUUUUAUUCAUUCACCCUAUUCUGCAUCAUUCUUCCUUUGACCAUGUUCCUUCCCGAAGCGGAGCUCCCAGCCUGGGUUGUUUGUUACAUUCCUGGAAUCAUGUCCCUCCUAAGUGUUCUACCAGCUCCACGGUCAUUUCCGUUUAUAGUUCCUUACCUUCUAUUUGAGAACACUAUGUCGGUAACUAAAUUUAAUGCCAUGAUAUCUGGAUUACUUCGCUUUGGAAGUUCUUACGAGUGGGUGGUUACAAAAAAGUUGGGAAGAUCGUCUGAGACUGAUUUGGUUGCCUUUGAGAAAGAAGCUGAGCCUCUAAUGCGAUCUAAUAGUCUUCAUAGAUCAUCCUCAGAUUCAGGCAUUGAGGAACUAAGCAAACUAGAAUUGUCAAAAAAAACUGGGAAGACGAAGAAAAAUCGUCUCUUCAGGAAAGAACUUUAUCUUGCAUUUAUUUUGUUGGCUGCCUCAGUUAGAAGCUUAUUGUCUGCCCAAGGAAUUCACUUCUACUUCUUAUUAUUUCAAGGGAUAAGUUUUCUGGUUGUUGGCCUUGAUUUGAUUGGAGAGCAGGUUAGUUAAGGUUCAGAUUUUGAAUUUUAAGUGCAUACAAAUCCUCUCAGAUCCUCAUUCAUAAAGGUCAGAAUGGCCAAAUCUUAAACCCAUCCCCGAACACAUUGAUUUGAGCCUCAUUGUUGUUGCCAAGUCAUAUGCCUUAAGUUACAUAAAGUUGUUUCAGUUCCUAAUGGCAAAACGUAUCAACACCUUGGAAAAAAGAAAAAAGGGGUUUAACAUUCCUGACCUAUAAUACAAUGCCAUUAUACAAUUCCUUGCCUGCCUGAAUUGAAAAGGUGGAGAUUGUUAGAUUAUAACAUUUGUUAUUCUUUUUUUUUUUUCACUAUUGGCAUACUGUACAGUCACAUAGUUUCAUUGUGUCGUUGCUCAAUUUUUAUUUGUUAUCAGGCAGUGAGGUUUUGGGCACACCUGUCAGCAAACAUGUGUUCAUCUUUUACCAUUAACUUUAUUGGUUGUAUUUAUCAUAGUUAAUUCUGUACUUGAUUAUGAUUGUGAAACUGAGCCUUGUCAAUGGAAAACCUCAAUGUUACCUAAGCAAA